AGGCAGGGGGGGGGGGUGCCCCUCGGUGUCUUGCCGGCUUCACUUUGUUAAAGGCUACCCAACCCUGUUUUGCAGACACCAUAGAGAAAUCUUUAGAGCUACCACUGGACGCAGCAGAACUGGCAAAUCAGGCAACCAAAUUGUUGGAGGAGCACGACUUCACCGAGGUGCUCAACAAGAUCUCCGACGACGCGUUCAGCGACUUCUUCGCAGAAUCCAAGAACGGGGAGUAUGUGCCGAGCAAGGAGGAGACGGAGGAGCUGGAGCGUGCCCUGGCGGCGGUGUCCAAGGACGUGCAUCUGGCCCGGGAGUCCCUGGCCAAGCUGUCGGGGUCGUCGUCGGCCGAGGUGCCCGACCUGCCUGACCUGGUGGACGCCUUCCCGGACCUGCCCCUGAGCUCGAGCGACCUCACCUCCCUCACCCAGGCCCUGAUGGGCAGCACCCCCGAGGCACUGCGCACCGUGGCCCUGCUCUCCUCGGACCUGCACCCACACCACCCGGAGGGAUUCGCCCCGCUCGAGCCCCCGUCCCCCGCCGGUGCCACCGUCUUUGUGCCCGCGAGCGCCGGCACUGCAGAAGUGGCCGCCAGCUGGCUGCUUGGAACCGUGGGGCAGGACUUCGGCAUCGGGAGUGCAAACAACGCCACGGGGGCGCCCGCGGGGGCCGGGGCGUCCCAGGUGGGGCUGCCCAAACAGUCGGUGCUGGCGCAGGAGUCGGUGUCCUAGCGAUGAUCACGCACCGCAGUGGUCAUCGUCGUCCCCGGUUCUCGUCUGGUCGGGGGAAGGACGCCCCUUCCGCCGGGCUCUCGUCGGGAGGCCGCGCCGGAGCCGAAAGAAGCCCGCAGUACAAAGAUUCACCUUUACGUUGGGGGAACCGCACCCCUCGGGACCGUGUUCCCUGCAGCUACCCCCCGGGGCCGCAUCGGAGGUGUGGGGGGGGUGUCCGCCCCCUCCUCGUGCUGUCGUGCUCAAUUCUCGCGUUUGCUGUGGGGGAUGGGGCGGGAUGGUUCUCUCCUGGGACGUGGCGUGCCCCCUCUCUCGGGCAUGUAUAGGUUCUUUCGUCGAGACUUUCCCUCUCUCAUCGUUCUCUUCGGCAGUAGCUAGACUGACUGUAAGUAACACGUGUAUUAUAGGUACCCGCUAAUCCUCCCAUCCUCCCUUCGUGGCAGUUGCGUCACUUCCCCUCAUCUCUUUCCUCCCUCGCAGGUUUCUUUUUGCGUGUCAUCCUAUGUACAGGUAUAUUUAACGUUAAAAAAUGGUGAAAAGGAAAAUUGCUUUUUUACGCGCUUUGCAGUUACUUUUGUUACGCCUCUGGGCGGCUGGACUUUGACUUUCCGUUCUCCAUCUUGUGAUGUGGACCAUGACGUGUGGACAAGACAAGUUACCAGUAUGUUAUGUAUUAUAUAUAUAUACAUAUAUAAAUAUGUAUACACGUGUACAUGAGUAUCGAUUAUUCUUAGGGAAAACAGGACUUUGCUGUUUCAGAAAUUGUGUUAUCUGUGUCGUGUCUGCGUAAUUUCUUUUUCUUACUGGCAGGAUUUUGGUAGUGCAAAGGAUAUUGUGUGGCAGGGAAAUGUCUCUUCUGUUCUCUGGAACGAACAAAAAAAACAUGUUUUGUACAGUCUUUUUUUUUUUGUGUGCCUCGGGCAUUUGUUGUUGAUCAUAACAUCUCUAGCAAUGAAGAACAUGUGAACGUUUGUCUCUCAUAAGUUAGGUCAUGGAUGGAGAAAGGAGAAAGCUUUGGCUUUGUCCUUUCGUUGUCUUUGUUAUUGCUGUGGUACACUCGCAUUAUUUAUAUUUCUUUUUAAGAAACUGCCGCGUGAAAUGGUACACUUCCAAGGUAACUGUGCAUUUAGGCCGAACGUCUGGACGCCGCUUUUUUUUUUUUUAGCGUGGCUUCGUCUCUUCCCCAAAGAGUUUUUGAAUUUUGUCUACGCUGCAUGCAGGUGCGCGAAAGCCCCGUAAAGCGGAAAAUCUCCAGACUAAGCCCGUGACUCUAAUCCCGCCGAUUGUGUGGCGUUUGCCCCCGAGAGUUGUUGAGGACGUGUGCGGGUCGCCCCGCGGUCGUGCCCGGCGGCACGGCAGCCGCAGCUCUGAGGCAAGUGCGCCGAGCGUUGGCUCGGGUGUUGGGCAGCCACUGCCAGCCCGCAGUCGUGGUUUGCUGCUUUUCGUUUCUGGUUAGUGGAGGUAGAAGGUUUUGGGCUUAGUCGAGCAGUGUAUUUUGAAAUGACCUAGAAGACUGUAAUUCCUUGUGGAUGUUUCUAUUCAUUCAUAUCAGUGUAUAAGUGGGUUUUAAAGUGGCAAAGAAGAGAAAAAAAUUAGGAAAAAAAAAAUAAAGAGCUUUUAAUGGUCCACUAACAUGCUGUAAUGAUGAUUUCUGCUUCGAGCACUCGCAGACGCUUUGUCUUUUGAACGGGUACAUUUUGGUUUUAAAUGUUGUGCAAUGCAUUAAAAUAGUUGCCUGUUGUGUUUCCACGUUUAGAUUUUUUUUUAAUUUUUUUUUUCAUGCAUCUUCCAAAGAAGCACUUUUUCAUGGUCAACAGCCGGCAGAUCCCUAACACACCUUCCGAGCCAAUUGUAAUUUUAUCCAGUCAUUCCCCCAUUUUCUUUUUCUUUUUUUUUUGUGGAAUAAGGUGAAAGAUGGCCCAGAUGAAUCUUGAUGGACUAGCUUUUGCGUCUAAAAAUCAGAUUUGUAUUCUGGAGUCAUCACGGCGGAAUAAAUACUCCUGCAACUUUA